AUGGCGAAUCGACCCUCCAACGACCGAACAAAUUCUUCGACGGACCAUCGUCCUGCUCAGCCAAGCACUCUUCGUCAAACUGUUAGCCGAAACCAAAAUGAUUCACUGGCAGAGCCGCCCGGACAUCCCCAUGGGGCUACCAUAGACGAGAUCUUCGCCAAUGAAUCUACACCUCUGAUGGAUGGGAAUAACGACCGUCUAAGCCAGCGUCGAGGUAGCGUUCAUCCUGCCCACCCAGGUAUCUGCAGCCAUGGCACUUUCAGUCCACGGCCCAUGAGCCCAACAUUGACAAUGAGGAGUACCGACGAGGAUGGUAGCGAGACCGCAGGAUCGGGAACGCACAUUCCUGUACUUGACAAUGCCAUUACGACCAUCGUGGGUCAUGAUGAUUGGAAGAAGUGGUUGAAAAAGAGGAUGCGAACCAAGACAAUGGGCCACAGCAGUAUGCUAGCUGAGCAAGCCGGUAUUGAGGACACAGCUUUUAUGUAUAUGGCAUACUAUAUUCCCUGUUUGAACUGGAUGCGCCAGUACAAAGUCUCAUACCUCCGAGGCGAUAUUAUCGCAGCCGUCACCAUGGCCUCGUUCUAUCUACCGAUGGCCCUGUCUCUUGCUGCAAACCUCGCUCACGUCCCUCCAAUCCACGGUCUCUACGCUUUCGUUUUCAACCCGUUCAUCUACGCUUUACUCGGAUCUUGCCCCCAGAUGGUUGUCGGCCCAGAAGCUGCAGGUUCACUUCUUGUCGGUACUGUUGUCAAGCAGAACGUUGGCUCUGGAGAAGACGAAGACAAUGAUAUGCUUCAUGCGCAGAUCUGUGGUAUUGUCGCAGGAAUGGCGGGUGCAAUGGUUGUCAUUGCUGGACUUGCGCGACUAGGUUUCAUGGACAGCGUGCUCAGCAAGCCUUUUCUGCGCGGCUUCAUCAGUGCUAUUGGUUUCGUCAUCGCCGUUGACCAGCUGAUUCCUGAAUUAGGACUCGCUGAGUUGGCUGACAAGGCGGGCGUCAGCCAUGGAAGCCCCGUAGAAAAGAUCAGAUUCAUCAUUGGAAAUGUCGACAAUGCGCAUGGAUUGACAUUUGCAAUUGCCGGAAUUAGCUUCUGUGUUAUCAUGAUUUGCCGUGAACUCAAAAACCGACUUCAGCCCAGGUACCCUGGUGUCGCGUAUAUCCCUGAUCGGUUCGUUGUCGUCGUCGUGUCUGCGAUUCUCUGCUGGCGACUGGACUGGGAGAACCAAGGUGUCGAAAUUCUCGGAACAGUCAAGGCUGCCAAUGGCCAGUUGCUUGCUUUCCAAUGGCCUUUCAAGCUGCAGCACAUGCCGCACAUUCGAAGUGCCAUGUCGACUUCUUUCCUGAUUGCGCUUCUCGGAUUCUUCGAGUCUUCUGUCGCUGCCAAAAGUCUGGGUUCAAGUGAGACCAUCCAGGGAAUCCAAUUGAGCGCUAACCGAGAGAUGAUUGCGCUCGGCAUUGCCAAUAUGGUUGGUGGUUGCUUCAUGAGCUUGCCAGCGUUUGGCGGAUACGGUCGAAGCAAGGUGAAUAAGAGCACCGGUGGUAAGAGCCCCGCCAGUUCCAUGUUUCUGAGUAUCAUCUCUUUGCUCUCAAUUUUCUUCCUUCUUCCAUACUUUUACUACCUGCCAAAACCCGUCCUUUCAUCCAUGAUUUCUGUCGUGGCAUACUCGCUGAUAGAAGAGGCGCCCCACGACAUUAGCUUCUUCCUGAAGAUUCGCGGCUGGACUGAACUGGGUCUUAUGGCAGUCAUUUUCCUGGCGACCAUGUUCUACUCUCUCACACUUGGCAUGGCGUUUGGUGUUGGAAUCUCGAUGCUCAUGGUCAUCAAGCAUAGUACGCGACCACGAAUUCAGAUUCUGGGCCGAAUCCCUGGAACCAACCGAUUUGAGAACGCCGAGGGUGACAAGGCAAGCCUGGAGUUCGUUGAGGGAUGCCUUAUCGUCAAGAUUCCAGAGCCUUUGACGUUUGCCAACACAGGAGAACUCAAGUCUCGACUUCGCCGACUGGAGCUCUACGGCACCUCAAAGGCGCACCCUGCUCUGCCUCGACUUCGUCACGCCGACAUGAACCGAAACGUCAUCUUUGACAUUCACGGUGUAACUUCCAUGGAUGGUUCAGGCACCCAGGUUUUGGCAGAGAUUGUUCGCAACUAUACCGAACGAGGUGUGCGCGUCUACUUCUCUCGCUGCCCAGCCCGCAAAGACCAUCCCGUAUGGCGUCUGAUGUCAAGCAGCGGUAUCGUGGAGAUGGCCGGCGACAGGCACUUUGUUAACGACGUGGAGGAGGCGCUGCGCUUGACUGAGUAUGAGGAAAGCAUCACUGGAGAGUCCAGCCGACAUCGCGAGCUCUAG